AUGGCGGAAUACAAAACCAUCUUCUUUGCCAUUGACAAGGAGAGAAACCGGUACAUCACAAUCGAGGAUUUGGAGCGGUAUAUAAAGGAAAAUCGAAUGAGUCCAACCGUCUUACAGAGAUGGAUUAGAUUGUUUGAUCCUCAAGGCACGGGUCGAAUUACCCUCGAAAAUUUUUGUGAAAUACUACACGAAGAUAUGGAUGAUAUGCUGCGUCAAUAUCCGACCACGAGUGUUCAGCAAAUCCAAAUAAUUGACCGAGAAAUGUCGGAAGUGAUGAUGAAGGGAAUUUUAAGUGUCACCCGACAUGCCGUACAAAGUAAUCCAGGCAAUCUUCAGGCACAGGCAGCCGAGAUCAAAACGUAUGCAGACGAACGGUACGGUGAUACAUGGCACUGUUUCAUUAUGAAUGGCUCCCACGGCUACUUCUACUCACACAAGCCGAACCAUUCAAUCUCAUUCUACUUUGGAGGCAACUAUUACUUCAUUUUCUGCACACCGCUUGCGUAA